UGGGGAUGCCAGCGCUUCGUAACAGUUUUGUAACUGCUCAUUAUUUGUUCUUCUGCCCGAUCUGUUUGACCUUCGGAAUCCGAAAAUGAUUUUCGUUACAAUGACAUUCUCCAAUACUUGUCUUCAUUUCCCUAUCCAUUCCAUAAGCGACCACAGAAGCGACUUGACAUUGACAGCUGGAGUUGAGGGUCGUCCGAUGAAGAAAUUCCCGGACAUAUCUUUCAUCGUUCCCUAUAAAGUGCUCUCAAAAUACCAUCCCAAUCUCCCAAUCGACAAUGACUCAAGGAAAGGUCUUCCCUUCCAAAGCACUCCUCCAGCUGCCUCUCUUCCAAGACGAUGGAUCGACAGAGCAAUACUCUACAAAACAGCAAAUCGAGCGAUCUUACGCCAGAGCAACUCUCGUGGCGCGUGCAUAUGAAUUUACCUUGGAUGACGUCCUUCAAAUGAACGGCAAACUAUGGGAUCUUCACGCCGAUCCCAUUUCAUCGAUAGACGCAGCGACCACAACAAUAUUGACAAUCCACUACAAUCUUGCGCUCGGGACGCUUGGGCCGAUUCUUACUACUCGGCCAGACCUCGCCCCGUUGAUCCAAAAACUUCUCAAAUUCGAAAUCAUAGGACAAUUCAUGUUGACGGAGGUCGAGCAUGGCCUUGAUGCUCGUCAAAUCGAGACUACCGCAACACUUCUCCCAGAUGGUUCGCUCGAACUGAACACUCCUCACCCAGGUGCAGCAAAGUAUAUGCCCCCUGUUACGACUAUUUCCGGGAUGCCCACCAUAGGUGUAGUCUUUUCACGUCUGAUUGUGGACGGAAAGUGCCAUGGCAUCCGCCCAGUUGUAGUCUCCCUGACCGAUGGCAAAGGUAUGUGUAAAGGGGUCAGCUCGAGGAUGGUCCCUCCACGUUCGGGUUCAAAGCCUUUAGAUCAUAGUAUGACAUCCUUUGACCGUGUUCGAUUACCUCCGGGAAGUGUUAUCGGCUCUCUCGAAGAGUCAACCGACGUACGAGGAGACUUUUUGAAGAGCAUCUGGAGGAUAUCCACCGGAGGCCUGGCUCUAUCAUUGGGCACUGUCUCGUUCUUGUCUGUUGGAGUAUACAUUGCUGGCAAGUAUAGUCUCAGAAGAACGGUUAGUGGCCCGGAAAAAGGCAGCAAGAUGCCCAUCAUAGGAUUCCGAACGCAACAGCUCCCAAUUCUUCAUGGAUUGGCACAAGUACACGUUUUGCAAGCGUUCUCGAAAUUCGCCAUUCCGUUAUUCCGAGACCGGAACCUUCAUAUGUAUGUCCGACACGGAAUUUCGACGAUAUUCAAGGCAACUGCGCUGCAACAUUGCCAAUCGACCUUGCUUGCUCUUGAAGAGAGGUGCGGUGCGCAGGGCUUGUUUAAUUAUAACCAGAUUGUACGAGGGCAUGCCGAUAUGAGGGGAGUCUGUAUUGCGGAGGGCGAUAUCUUAGCUAUCAGCAUCAGACUUAUAUCUGAACUUUUACAAGGGAAGUAUUGUCUUCCGGAGCCUAAGUAUCCUGACUGCCUGCUAUACAAACACGAGCAAGGGCUCUGGAAAGAAGCAAGAGAUCGGUAUUCUAAACUCAGCGGGACCCACCGUAGCGAAGAAUUCAACAACGCGAUACUACCUCUUUGCCGGCCUCUUGCUGAGUUCAUCGGUCAUCGGAUGGCGUACGAGGCAGCCGUAGAUCAAGGUGUCGAUCCUGCUCUUGUAGAGCUUUACGAAGCAGGCGUUAUCAAGCUCGACUCUUCGUGGUAUGUGGAGAACGGGCUGUUGAGCCGUGCUGAACAGUUUGAUUUGGAAAGCGCCGCUGCGAACAAAGUUUUACCAGACUUGAAACGCUUUCUAGAUCUUCUGGAUGUGGCAGAAUAUGCUACAGCUCCCAUACUGUCUGGGAAGAGCUGGAAUGAGUUCGUACUCAGUUUGCCGCAGUUUUCAGGGAAUUCAGAGCCAUUAGAGGAACUUCGGGGUGAUUCACCAAAACCUACUUCGAUGUCGGAAACUGUAUAUAGAAAAAUUUUGUUUUGGCGUUGAAACAACUGUUACCUACGAAAACGUUACUAUAGAUAAAUAGAUAGAUAGAUGACUAGAUAUAUACUUAGCACACACUGUGCAGCUGGUAUGUU